AGUGAGUGAGUGAGCAGUCUGUACACCUCUUAGUUAGUAGUCUGUGAUUGCAAUUUUGCAUCUGUGUCGAUGGAUGUGCUUUGCUUUCGCUUCUCUACUAUUUUUAAAUAAUAUCGAAAUAAUCCAAGUUAAAGAUUUUAGGAAAAUAAAAUAACUUGUACAUUCUUUUAAAUAUAUUAAAUGCAACUCCGUGUUUUCGGUUUAAUAUUUAACUCAGUUUAUGCGGUCGCGUAGUCAAGUGCCCUACAUUUCAACACUUUUUAUUCAAAUGGAAGAGAGUUGUGUACAUAUAAUGUUUCUGUUUAAGGGAGUGACUUAAUGUUGUGUUUGUGAUGGAAUACUUGUUUCGAAUAUCGUCCGGUCAGAUAGGCAUUGAUUGAGAAACUCUUGUUAUGUAUACUUUAAUAGAAAUAGCUCUAAGUGUGGGGGUGCUCGUCACUCUCGUUACUGUACUUUCAGCAUGUGUCUGUGGCUGCAAGAACUCCAACCAGAAAAGUGAGUUGGUCGGUACGGCCGGUGUGGUCAAAAUUCGUUUUGAUGAGGAAGCCCCAUCUCCAACGCCUACCACUCCGGCCUCUAUCAAGCGAGCAUCUACUCAAAACAGUCAGCGGAGUUUGCCAGAAAUACCGCAUGCGGUCGGAAGACCCGACAGUGGAGACACCGCGUCAGAAAUUUACGCCACCGUCAACUUGGAUGAAGGUGACAAGACAGUAGCGACGGCGUCCACGAGCCGGGACCACCCUUACGAGCACGCCUACGCCAAAGUUCAGAAUGAAAGCCAUAAUAUUCUGGUCGAAGUAACGACUGAUGAAACACCUGAACGGGAAAUCCAAAUAGAUGAAAGGGAAGUGGGACAAAAUCCUGCAGAAUCGGUGGUAAUAUCGGCUUCGGUGGCGAUAAGCGGGCAGCUACCUUCGAGCCAGGAGUUGCCUUACAUCACGCCGCCCUCGCCUCGGCCUAACACUGACAAUACAACACAUUUCAGCGGGGAUUCUACUGACUCAGCAAAGGGCUAUACAAGCAUAUCGGUGCGAGAACCGCUGAGUAACAUUCGUGCUCAGAGCACCAAGCAACCAUCACAGCCGCACUAUGCCACAGUAUCGGAUGACUCUGAUGAGAUGUAUGCAGCGAUCGAAGAGGCGAGCGUGGGUGAAGGUUCGGAUACGUACGCUCAGAUCUCCACCGAGCCUCGGCGGCGGGACCCCACGCCCGAUCUACUGCAUUCGGACCCCACUUACGUCGCUAGACGCAGUGCUCCGCCCGAUGUUGGUGCUUCGACUUCUAACGCUACACACUCCAGACAAGCAUCGUCAUCAUCAUGUUCGAACUCAACGGGAGCGUUAGGCUCUCCGAAGCCUGAGAAGCGACAAGCCAACUCGCCGCUGCCGCCGCCGCCCCACGCCACGGCUUCGCACGUGACGUCACACGUCACGGUGCACGCGCCGCACAAUAUGGCGCAUGUGACGUCACACUCGUCCGCACAUGCGGCGCCGCGACAGCCCGCCAUAGAACAAGCACAAAGACACCAGAGGAUGUCAAGUACAGGCGAUCUACAUUUCAAUCAUGACAAAUUACGACGGAGUCUCAACGAAAAACACCAACGAAAUAGUAGUUGCGUCAGCUCGUCCGAUUUUUACGGUUGCAAUUACCCAGUCGAGAAGCCUCGGAUGUUUAGUACUAGUUCCGGGGAUUUGGUAAGACCUCUUGUUGCUAGAGAAAUGAACAUCGAUAUCGACCAACGUGAUAGUCAAACUGACAAUCUGUACAAUUCUAUCGACGGGCCCGGCUACAGUGACUAUUCGUCGGCAGAUGCCAACACCAGUUUAAAUUCAGAUCGACGUGUCACUGAGAGUCCUUCACGCAACGUGGAAGAGAUGUAUGCUAAGAUAAUGAAGAAAUCUAAAGGCAAACCAGAGGAGACGGCUAAACGGUCAAAAGAUUUCACUGGUGCUGAUGCCGAGCCACAUACAUCGAAAUACCGAGGCGAUGAUCCAGGGUACGAAACUAUAGACCGUAAAAAAUCUAUCAAUCAUGGAUACGAAACCAUUGCGCACAAAGAGCGGAAAUCGUCUCAAAAUCAAGAUCCGGGGUAUGAAACAGUCAAAGAUAUAAGCAAAGCAGGACCAAACUCGAACUUUUCAAAUAAUAACUUAUUGAAACUAAAUCAUCUAGCGGUUGAUAGUGGUCCUAACAGCAUAGUCAGCAGUGAUGCCGGUUAUGAGCAUAUUUCUAAGACUGAUAAUAACGCUUCAGAUUCUGAUCCGAAUUACGAAGUGCUGAGGAACCAACCGCCUACUCCACCAUAUGCAACGAUCGCGCCAAACUACAAAGUGCAACCGACCUACUCCACGGUCAAUAAGAAACCCUCCAAGUACAAUAACUGGCCUGCAAACAAUAACGAAGAACCCACCCUCGAGCCCAAUUACGAGUCAAUGCCUCAUGAUCCCCUCUACAACACGGGAAGUGAAUCAGAUCCCAAUUAUGAAUCAGUUCGUCCCAAAGACCCCAACUACGAAAGUGUGAGCGCACAAGAUCCAAAUUAUGAAUCACUGAGAUGCAAAGACCCCAAAUACGAGUCGGUUCGAUCGAAGGACUCGAAAUAUGAUUCGGUGCGCUCCAAAAAGGAUCCGAAUUACGAAAGCGUGAAGUAUUUUGAACUAUCGAAGACGGAACCUCCAUAUGAAAAGGUUAACAACGAAGCAUCCGGGAGUAGUGUGGAGCGGUCUGACUCAGCAGCAGGAUAUGAGAAGAUUAGUGUACCAAACAGAAGCGAGCCUAAAACCAGUAUUAAUAACGGAGGGGACGCCACCGUCAGUGAUUACUUUCAAGUGUAAAUGUGCAACAAAAGAAUAUUAUAUAUGACUUUGUUUAUAAACAUUAUUACACACGAACACAAGUGAUUUACAUGAAUAUUUUUUAUUAACAGUAUUCACGUAGGAUUUUGAGAUUGAGUGCUUUUUAUUUAUAAAAUUUUAAUAUUUUAGGGACUGUAUACAGCACCUCAACGUUAGAUAUAAUAAGUAAUAUCUUCCUUAGGUAUCUGUGAUAUAAUAUGUAUGUUAUAAAAUUUUUGAUUUUUGUUUUUAUUUCCGUAAGAUUUUAUAUGAGCAUUGAUAGACAUUAUUUUAUUCUAAAGACAAGAAUAAUUUGUUACGAAAUCUCCAUUUGAUAGUGUGUUCAUUAAGUGUUAUUAUUUUCUACACUUUGAUAUUAUGCUGAUGAUGAAAUGUAUUGUAUAUUGCAUGUACAAAAUGUAGAUUGUACAUAUUUUUUUUUAAUUUUAAGUAAUUUAUGACUAACUUUAUUAAGAACUUUUUUUAUCGAAAACGGAUUGUCUUCGCGUUGGUCUUGGACGAAACAAAGAUAUUGUAACAGUGUUAUAUAAAGGUGUUGAUUCAUCGCAGAAUUAGAGCUGACUCCAGUAAUAUUGAUUGUUUUUUAUGAUUUUUGAUAAAAUUUUGUUAAAUUCCUUACAACUCGUGCAAACAUGAAAUAUUCCGUGAAGAUACAAUAUUUACCUACUUAGGAAAAAUAAUAAUUUGUCAAGGUUUACUUUCGUUUCACAACACCUUAUUAUAACACCUGUUUAUGUAGGAAGUGACCAAGUUAAUGGAGCCUGCAUUUUAGCUUAAGACUGCCUUAUGAGUUUGAUUAAAUUAUUGCUUUUUAUAAAAUUAAACGUCCUUUGACGAAUUAAAACAAUUCAACACAUGAAGUAACAUUUGAAACAUUUUGUUUUAUUGUUAAUUUUGUUAUGAAGUAACUGUUGUAGUUUAAAAAUAUGUAUUAACGUUCAUUUUAUUUGUCUAAGUUUGAGAAUAGCAAAUUAUUGUAGUAAUUGAAGUGUAAUUUUGAAUUCCAAGAUACAAAAGUGGGUAUUUUAGUAGUUUAUUUUCUGUUUGAUAAGAGAUAUAAGUACCUGACAAUAUUAUUUAGCGAUUGUGCUCUGUCCAACGAAUGUUAAUAUGGUAAUGUGUGUGAAUGCACCAAACACGUGGUUCUAUUAAUUUAUUGUAUUUAUGCAUGGUACGGCUGGUACUUAUGUGUUCAUUCGUUAAGAUUAAGAUUGCGGGAGCCUUUCAUAUCGAUUUUUGGAUGAUGACUCGCCUCCGGAAUAACUUUGGUGCAUUCAAAUAUUGUCUGUAUUACCUGUCCUGCCCUCGAGCUUUCCAAACUCAUUACUUUCCAUUUAAGACUUUUGUAAUAGUAUAUAAUGCACUGAGAUAGCAGUGUACACAAACCCAUAUUAUUAACACAUUGUAUCUAUAUUAUCAAUACUACUGGUAAACUAAAUAAAUAUGUAAUAAUUUAUAACAAUUCUGUAUACACUUUUACUGUGCUUAGGUAAACUUAUAUUUAAUUUAAGUACUAUUCAGAUAAACACUGUAAUGUCACUUCACAUACCAAUUAUAUUACCUAUUUGCUAACCUGUAUACUUAAUAGACAUUAUACAAAUUAAUAUUAUAUAUCAAUAUAUUCAAAUAAACUUGAAAACAUUCCAUCGUACUAAUAGAUCAGUGACUAAAAAUACCUAUAUUUAAUGGAAUAAAGUAUGCCAUAUAAAAA